GGAAAAGCGGUAACAAGGUGAACCAAGGUAGCUUGUUCCCACCUUAAAAUCUGCACUCGUGGUGAUGUCACGUCGGAAAUUUACCAAAGCAAGAACUGGCCAACGGUACGGAGAGAUCCAGCCCCUUGAAGGGCUGAUUGGGCGGGCAGCACUGACGUGCACUGACGCUUGGAGACUUUAGGUGCAUGUUGGCUCUGGAAUACGGAGCCCACAUAAACAAAGGCACAUUGGAGGGAAGGGCCAGUCUGUCCGGCUUGCUCGCACCGCACCGCGCCGCGCCGCGCCGGUCCUGCGCUUCCCCGCGGAGAGUAACGAGCAAGUGCUCCCGGCGCGGCUGCUUUAUCCGCCGACCCGCCCCUUGGAAACUGUUGUGCGAACAGUUGAAUGAAUGAAAAAGACAUUGCUAACAACCAUGCCCUGUGUUCAGGCUCAGUAUGGGUCAUCGCCUCAAGGAGCCAGCCCGGCCUCCCAGAGCUACAGUUACCACUCGUCGGGAGAAUACAGCUCCGAUUUCUUAACUCCAGAGUUUGUCAAGUUUAGCAUGGACCUCACCAACACUGAAAUCACUGCCACCACUUCUCUCCCCAGCUUCAGCACCUUUAUGGACAACUACAACACAAGCUACGACGUGAAGCCACCUUGCUUGUACCAAAUGCCCCUGUCCGGCCAGCAGUCCUCUAUUAAGGUGGAAGACAUUCAGAUGCACAGCUACCAGCAGCACAACCACCUUCCCCCUCAGGCCGAGGAGAUGAUGCCUCACUCGGGCUCCGUUUACUACAAGCCCUCGUCGCCCCCGACUCCCAGCACCCCGGGCUUCCAGGUGCAGCACGGCCCCAUGUGGGACGACCCGGGCUCCCUGCACAACUUCCACCAGAAUUACGUGGCCACCACCCACAUGAUCGAGCAGCGGAAAACGCCCGUGUCCCGGCUCUCCUUGUUCUCCUUUAAGCAGUCCCCCCCCGGCACCCCCGUCUCCAGCUGCCAGAUGCGCUUUGACGGGCCCCUCCACGUGCCCAUGAACCCCGAGCCGGCCGGGGCCCACCACGUGGUGGACGGGCAGACCUUCGCGGUGCCCAACCCCAUCCGCAAGCAGGCCUCCAUGGGCUUCCCCGGCCUGCAGCUCGGCCACGCGUCCCAGCUGCUGGACAGCCAGGUGCCCUCGCCGCCCUCCCGGGGGUCGCCGUCCAACGAGGGGCUGUGCGCCGUGUGCGGGGACAACGCCGCCUGCCAGCACUACGGCGUGCGCACGUGCGAGGGCUGCAAGGGCUUCUUCAAGCGCACGGUCCAGAAAAACGCGAAAUACGUUUGUCUGGCAAAUAAAAACUGCCCCGUGGACAAGCGGCGCCGCAACCGCUGCCAGUACUGUCGGUUCCAGAAGUGCCUUGCGGUUGGCAUGGUCAAGGAAGGUAGGUCCGCAGCGCGGGCGGCCCAAGGGCUCCGGGGCCCGCCGCCGGGGUGGGUGGGGAGGGGGCGACGCGCUGCUCCGCUGGCCCGGGCCGCGUGCGGGGCAGGGGAAGCUGAUCCCUUGUCUCUUUGCAGUGGGCCGUACAGACAGCUUAAAAAGUCGGAGUUCCAGGCUAACCCCGACUACCAGAUGGGCGGCGACGACACGCAGCACAUCCAGCAGUUCUACGAUCUCUUGACCGGCUCCAUGGAGAUCAUCCGGGGCUGGGCGGAGAAGAUCCCCGGCUUCCCCGAGCUCCCCAAGACGGACCAGGACCUGCUCUUCGAGUCCGCCUUCCUGGAGCUCUUCGUGCUGCGCCUGGCCUACAGGUCCAACCCGGUGGAGGGCAAGCUCAUCUUCUGCAACGGGGUGGUCCUGCACAGGCUGCAGUGUGUCCGCGGCUUCGGGGAGUGGAUCGAUUCCAUCGUGGAGUUCUCCUCCAACCUGCAGAACAUGAACAUCGACAUCUCCGCCUUCUCCUGCAUCGCGGCCCUGGCCAUGGUCACAGAGAGGCAUGGGCUCAAGGAACCCAAGAGGGUGGAAGAACUUCAAAACAAGAUUGUAAAUUGUCUCAAAGACCAUGUGACUUUCAAUAACGGGGGCUUGAAUCGCCCCAAUUAUUUGUCCAAACUUUUGGGGAAGCUCCCUGAACUCCGCACUCUUUGCACACAGGGGCUGCAACGCAUUUUCUACCUGAAACUGGAAGAUUUGGUGCCACCUCCAGCAAUAAUCGACAAACUUUUUCUGGACACUUUACCUUUUUAAGACUUUUCCCAUGCACUUAAAUUGAACUUGAAAGAAACUCCACCGGUCUGAAGGGGAACUCCCCUGUGCACAAAGCAGCGCCUUUGGGUGCCAGAUUCCCAUCAAACAAAACACUGUUGCUAACCUCCUGCAGGCAGAGCGUGACUGGGCAUUUUGGCUCUGGGGCGUCAUGGAUUCAGAUCAUGGACUACACAAAUACCAUGGUAUAAACUUUUUAUUAUCGGUUAAAAAGAAUUUAUUAAUAAGGACUUCUGAGUAAAAAAACCAACGUAUCUGGCAACGCCGGGUGCGCAGCUACGACUCAUAUGAUAAAGUAUUAAGGUGACCCACACAUCUCACCCUCCUAAAGACUAAAAGUUUUCUGCUGUAAAAGAAAGCUGUAAUAUAUACUAAAAGUAAAUGUUGCGUGGGUGGCAUGAAAUUCAAGAAGGCAAAGGCUUGUAAAUUUAUCAAAUGCAGUUUGGCUUUUUUUAAAAAAAAUAUUCUGUGCCUAUUUAUGAAGAAAUAUUAAAACCGAUUCUAAAAAAAACAAGAUAAACGAGUUUGCAAAAAAAGGAAAAUAAAGAGAGAAACAGCUAACUCCAUACAAAGGGAAAGCAAGCAUGAUGAUUCUAGGAUGACAAUGUUAUAGGCACUUGCUAUUUCAGUAAUGUCUAUAUUCUAUAAAUAGUAUUUCAGACACUAUGUAGUCUGUUAGAUUUUAUAAAGAUUGGUAGUUAUCUAAGCUUCAAACAUUUUCUCAAUUGUAAAAUAGGUGGGCACAAGUAUUACAGAACCGAGCUCCUUGGCAAGGGACACAUAGUGUUUGUAAACACCGUCCGACAUUCCUUGUUUGUAAGUGUUGUAUGUACUGUUGAUGUUGAUUAAAAAAAAAGUUUAUAUCUUGAUUAUUUUGUUGUCUAAAGCUAAACAAAUCUUGCAUGCAGCAGCUUACGACUGUUUCCAGAGUGCUUAUAAUAUACAUAACUCCCUGGAAAUUACUGAGCACUUUGAAUUUUUGUUUGGUUUUGUUUUGUUUUUUAUGUCUAAAAUUGUCGGUUAAUAUAUUAUUUUAUGUUCGAGUAAUAUUUUUAAUAUUGCCAUAUCCUGUAGUAUUUUUCUUUGUAUAUUUCCAGUACGGCACAUUAUACAAGUCACUGCCUUUUUUUCUAUGGUGUAUGACAGUUAGAGACGCUGAAUUUUUUUUCCUGAUAACUCUUUCUUUAAGAAAGACAAUUUUAAUGUUUACAACAAUAAAACCAUG